UUCCAUACAUCAUGGGAUACACAAAAGCACGUGUUCAGAAGGAUGUAAAUGAUGGUCUGACAAUAUGGCUAUCUGCACUGGCACUCUGUGUUCAGGGGAUCUGUAUGCCGAUUGGUGGCAUGAUUGCAAACAAAAUUGGAUUUCGAAUUGUGGUUGGUAUCAGCUGUAUUUUUGAGAGUGUUUUCAACCUUGUUACUGUCGAAUGGAGGUUAUUUCUACCUGUUUCAAUUGCUUUCACCGAUUUAAUUUGUAGUGUUGGAGUCCUGCUGACCUAUUUCACAAUUCAAAAGACAUUUGUCGGAGUGAUAGUAACCUACGCGUUGCUAAAUGGUGUUGGACUUGGAUUAGGCUAUUCGGUGGUGCUUGCAGUCGCAACCUCGUGGUUUCCUGCAAGGCGUGGCCUAGUAAGCGGUCUAAUCGUGGGUGGAUUCGGACUUGGGGCGCUCAUCUUCACGCCUAUUCAAACUGCCUACAUCAAUCCGGAUAACGUGAAGGUGGACAAUGUAACGAGAGAAUUCACUGAUCCAAUUCUAUUGGAUCGUGUUCCCAACGUUUUCCUUCUACUUGGGGGCUUGUUGUUGGGAAUACAAACGGUCGGGUUCAUUCUUCUAAGACCACGUCCUACGACGACCGAGAAACCAGAGGACCAAGAGUUGAAUGAACAGAAAACACCUUUGUCUGCACAGGCGGAGGUCAGCGACUGUGCUCAGCAUAUGGAGAAAACGGGUUCGAAAACAAAUUUGGAAUCCACCAAAGAACGGCCCGAUCCCAUUCGGGAAGAUAAUCUUGUGCCGUCCCAGGUUCUUCGACAUCGUGAUUUUUAUCGGUUAUGGAUUGUCAUGUUUUGUGACAUUAUUCCAAUUACCAUCAUAACCUCAGCUUAUAAAUAUUUUGGGCAGACCUAUAUCUCCGACGAUCGUGCACUUUCUGCUGUCGCCACCGUUUCGGCGCUGUUCAAUUCUGGCGGACGGAUGAUGUGGGGUGCAAUUGUGGAUAGAAUUUCGUUCAAGAUUCCGAUGUGUUGCAUGUUGGCCAUGUGGUCGCUCAUCCUGUUCACUUUCCCCCAUCUGAAGUACCUGGAGGAGAAUACACUCAAAGUGUUCUAUGGCAUUUGGAUUUGCUUGCUGUUCGUCUGCAUAAGCGGGGUGUUCUCGAUCAUGCCAACCGCUACUGGGAGUCUUUUUGGACCGGCAAAUAUGGCCGUAAACUAUGGUCUGGUGUAUAGUGCAGUUUCUGUCGGAACCCUCGUUUGCGCCCUCGUCAGCACGUUUGUCUCGUCCAAGGGUGCCUAUGUGGUGCAGUUCACGAGCUGUGGUUUUAUCUCAUUGAUUGCACUUUGCGUAACGCUUACCAUCGAAGACAAACGGAUGAAUAAAAAAUACGAUGUCUGCCUAUCCUGCAAAAAUCGAUGUUCCUGCUGA